CCCGCUACUGGAAUCUCUCUCUGAAAUUGAAACACUCAACUCUCCAUAUUUUGGGUUCCUCAGUUCGUGAAAAUUGAAAAACGAGAACGGGGAUUGAAGAACCAUAAUUGAAGAAACGUCUUCAACACCAAUCUCAACCUAAAUAUCGGCUACAAGAUGGCAAACGGGAGUAAAAGUCGAUUGCAUAAUAGGGCUAUUACUAUCUCUGCUAGGUCAAAGCGCGUUGCUAGGAGGUCAUCUCAAGGUCGGGAAACUCAGAACAACAAUAACCAAGUUGUGAGAACAGAACCCGACAAUAACGUAGAACUUGGAAACAAUGGUCAAUUGGGUAACAAUACUCAAAGCACUACUGACUUACAAGAUGAGGAACUCGAUGGAAAUAAUGAUAUUGAACAACCGAGUAAGAAAAGUGCGUGGAAGAAAAGACCUCGUACCUUUGAUUGGCAAUUGACUGCUGCAGCACCUGGUGGUCCAUUAUCGACUGAGUUGCUUCGUGGUUAUUGUGGCCAUGUCGCGUGCGAUAUUUGGGAGAACAAUGUAAGUCUUUUUUGUAAGUGCAACCAUCUCUUUAAUUUGUUUGUAAGAUUCUUAUUCCUUUUUUUUGUAUAGAAUGAGUGGAUGUUUGGUAAUACAAUCACGAACACAAGCUCUUGAUCUUUUUGAGUUUGAUGCAACAAACGCUUGGUGUUUAUUGGUGAAAAGCACUGGAUUAAGUCAUUUACGUAAUUGUGUGUUUCCUCAUCAUAAUUCACCUUUAAUUUCUGCUUUUGUUGAGAGAUGGCAUCCAGAAACUAAUAGUUUUCAUUUACCAUUUGGAGAAAUGACCAUAACACUCCAUGAUGUAUCGUUAAUAAUGGGUCUUCCCAUAGAUGGCAUUGCCGUCAACCACCCACUAUUACAAAAAGGGCAACGUGGAUCUCUUUUUAAAGCCAUCUCUAAUUUACUAGACAUUGAAGAAGACCAGGUCAUAAGUGACCACUCCCGUGGUGGUAUUAAAUUGCCAGAAAUAAGAGAGAGUUUGUUAAAAGAUAAUAAUAAAUUUAGUGUGGAUGCUAUUGCUAAAGGGUAUCUGGUGUCAUUGCUCGCAUCUACAUUAUUCAUUGAUAAAACAACAGAUCGAGUUUUUACAUCACUAUUUCCUUUGGUAAGCGACCUUGUUAAUGUUAAUACCUACUCUUGGGCAUCAUCAACACUUGCUUUUCUAUAUCGUGAACUUGGAAAGGCAUCGAGAGCUGGUUGUAAACAAUUAGCUGGCCCAUCCACACUUCUAGAGGCUUGGAUUUAUGAGUAUUUUUCCCAUGUUCCGGCCUAGAGUAAACUCAAAUUUCAGGCCGGGUGAACACCCACGGGCUAUGAAAUGGGACGUUCAGACAUACACGGCAAAGCUGCUUACAACGUUACAAGGACAUCGAUGGAGAUUAGACAGCAUGAAAGCUAAAGAGGUUAUAUGGAUGCCAUAUGGUUUGGAUGUAGUUGAAAACUACCCAUUAACUUUAUAUCAUGGUUGCAUUCGUCAUUGUUGUAUAAUAGAACCGUACAUGCCGGAUCGUGUACUACGACAGUUUGGAUUUGUGCAAACUCCACCUAUGACACCUAUUUUUCCAAGCAAUGAAUAUAAACCUGCACAUUCUUACCCUGUUGAAUAUCCCGAAGCUAUUAUGUGCUUUUGGAAUGACCCAACUUCCCAUUGUUUGAGUCAAAAAAGGAUAGGUGAUUUUGUACAAAAUCCAUGGGAUUUUUCUGCAGAUUAUAGGCAGUGGUUUUUGCAACGUACACAUCCCAAAGUGCAAAAUCCAGAUCAUGCACCUAAUGGUUAUCAGACUAGACAUCAAUUGAACGCUGAAGCGUUACUCCACUUGAUUGCUCAUUAUCUACGUCCGGUGUAUCCCGAGACACGUUCACGGUUGACCUUGGAGCAACAAUAUCACUAUUUUGACCGUGCCAUCAACGUGUUAAGAGACUUUGAGAAUGCUCAGAUUAUAGAACCGCAACAUGCACAAGCACAAUGUCGUCGAAAGUAAAUUUAUUUUUUUGAUUGAUAUAGUUGUUUAUAGUGUUAACAGAGUGUGUUUCUAGCAUUUUUUAAAGCCCAUAGUAAUAUAGAGAAUAGAUGGUUUAGUUAUAGUUCAUGUGGUAGUUGGUACCCUUAUUUUUCUGUUUUGGGUUAAAGGGUAUAUGAUUUUUUUGUGUCUACUGUUAUUUGAGCAUAACAGGGAUCCUUUGUGAUA